AUGUAUCCGAAUGACUUUCGGUUUGUUCUAAACAAUACCUUCUCUGAAGCACAAGUCAAUGACUUUCUAGCGAAAGCAGGCUGCUCGCCGCGUUUCGUGUAUGGGGUUCUCAUGCUACCGACAGCGCUGAAAUAUUACAUUGAUGAACUUCAGACAUCGGCCAUCGAGCAGAGCAUGACUCCCGCCACACUGGCGGGCUACGAGCUGCACCGUUUUGCGGGGUCCAGUCCUCCCGUCAUUACUCGAUCAGCAGAUCCGCGAGCCUCUGUGGAAGGGGUCCUCAUUCUCGGCCUGGACGAACGCCAACGGAACGCGAUCUACGAGCUGGAAAGUGGCCUGAUGACCUUGGUGGACGUUGGCGUGGAGAUCUGCCAAGAAGACGAGCAAGGUACCCGCAACAUCCGAACCAUCGAUGCAGGUGCAUUUGUAUGGCAUGGCUCGGUUGAGGGUUUGACGUCGAUGGGGAGCACCGCCUGGGAGAUCGACGAGUACCUCGCCAGUCCCUUCUACCGGCAAAUUACGGACUUUCAGAACCGGGGAUCUCCAAAGGAUCACAAGAAAUCGCCAGCUGGAGCUGCAAGCUAUGGAUCUUCACUGGAGAGUAUCAAGGAAGAGGAAGUCAUGGAUGAACAUCACAUAUGUAGUUACACAGGAUACGUAGAAUAG